UUUACACUGGGGGAACUGACUUAAGUAUUGUAGGGUGUUGUUGAAAUGUCAUGCCCUGGGGUGAUUGGUUUCUCCCUGUGUGUAUACUUGUGUAAGGAAACCAAUCUAUAGCUGUCACCCCUUGCAAGGGCAGACCAACAGUGACUAUAAUAAAGAGGUGGUCUGGUUCAAACACAUGCUAUGGAGACUCUGAAGCUUGUUAACCUGGCUGUAUUGUAAAGGGUGCCUGAUUAUAGGCUGACCACAAUAGACAAGUUUCACUGCAUUUAAUUUAGUUACAGUAUAAGAACUGUAGAGGGCAAUUGCUGACAUUUUGGUCAUGCAAAUUGAUUAUUUAAGACAGUUCUUCACAUGCAAUAUUUCUUAUUCGUCCAGCCUCCCCUGAUUUUGAUUGAUCCCCUGAUUUGAUUGAAUUUGGGGAAGCCCUGGACUAUACAAUUAUCUCUAGCGCUUUAGUGCAAGGCUAACUCAUAUGUUGAAUAGAAAGUUUGUGUGAACAGAUGGUGCUAUGAAAGAUCCUGAAGAGACUGCAACAGCCUUUAAUGUGAAGAAGCUUUAGUUUGCUAAUCCACGAACCAAAAUCCAAGAGAUCGUGGCUAGAAGCCUAUAGAAGCUGUCAGUUUUUGUUGCAUUGCAACCGUUGAUCAGUUACAGCUGGAACACACACACAGACACACACAGUCAGCUUUACUGUAUCCCUCGUGCGGCUAGGCCUCGAGGCAUAAUAAGGGGAGGGUAAGCGUCAGUCGUCUGGCUGUUCAUAUGGUUGUAGAUCAGACCAUUCCACACCAUAGUACGUACCUUCCUCUCUGUGUGCAGCAUAUGCCUCAGUACAUUGCUAUUUCUGGCUACCACAUCAUGGAGGCUGGUGCUGACCCUGUGCUGCAGUUGGCCUUCACUGUGGCCGAUGGGUUAGAGUAUUGCAGGACAGGGACGGACGCAAGUGAUGAUGAAUGCGUACGCUGACCUUGUGUUCCAGUUUGGAAUGGCUGACGGGAACCAAGCCGCUUACAUUUAUUCCAGGACCAACACGGCUGUGCAGUACAUCAAAGCUGAAUGGUUUUACGAUGGCUUCAAGAUUUUUGAUGCUCUGCUCAACGGAUAUCUGAUACCGUAUCCUACGUACUUGUACAACAUCACUGGAUCCACCAACUACUACAACAUUCUCAGGACCUCGCUAGCCUCCCCUGAUUUUAACUACUACGUUCCCUUCAUCAACACCACUGUCAUCAGACGAGCCAUUCACGUCGGCAGUCUCAGCUAUGGCUCUCAGUCUGAAGACGUGGAAAUGGCCCUUGGAAACAAGAGUGCAAUCUCAGCUAUGACUAUCACGCUGAGGUGGACAGAUUAAAGGUGUGGACAGUGAACAAGUUUAUGCAGGUGGUCGUGAGAGGGGGUGGGCACAUUCUCCCGUUUGACGAGCCGGAGAGAGCACUCAACCUCAUCCAAAACUUUGUGAACAUGCAAUAGCCUAUUAUAAUUAUGUUGUCUGGAAAUGAUCAUGCUUCAAGUGUAAGGAUAAAAAUAAAAAUGAAAUCUAUAAUUAUAGUCGUGUCAUUAAUUUUAAUAUGCUGUUUGAAGAGAAGAUUUUAAUUACCAAAUCAACGAAACGAUCAAAAACAAUUGCUAUUAGAGACAUAAAUAAUUAUGGAGUGUAUAAUUAUUGUAUAGAGUUUAUACUCUCUGCCCAAUGGUACACAAAAAUAUACUGUACAUGUAUAAGAAAGAUAGCCACCGAUUGGGAAGACUUAUAAGAUUUAGUAUACAAACUAGACCAUAACAUAAAACAGGAGUCAUGUACGUAUUAAUUAUUAAAAGGGUCCUUC